AUGGAGAUCCAGCAUCUCGUCCGACGCGAACGCGAACGCGAUGGAGAUCCAGUACCGCGACAGCCUCCCGAUGAUGUCCGCUCCGGCUUCAACAAAGCUGUAGAAGCCCUACCGCAAGAGCAUCUCCGCGCUCCUGUUACCGGUGACGAAGUGAACAGCCCCGAGGAAGCCCUUCACUGGUUCCAAAACUAUGCAUUCACCCAGGGUUUCGCUCUGGUCACUGCCAGCAAGCGGCCGCGGAGGAUAGAAGAGCGAAAAGGCUGGGUGGUCGGUUUCACUUACGCGUACCAUACGCAUCCGCCACUUCAAAAUCCCUUCCACUACGCCUGCCAUAGAUCCCGUAUCCCAGAGCGGGCUGCGGCAGUCGAUCUGGCCCUCGCGCAUCGGACUGCCGGCCUGUCAGCAACUGAAUCAACCCGGAUUCUCGACCAACACGGCUUAGGCAACUGUCUUUCUGCAAAGGAGUUCUACAACCUGAGCCGGUCUGAAGGGAGACGCAGCAGUCAAGAAGCGCUUGACGUCUUGCUCACUUGUUUGGAGUUCGAGGACUUCCGUGUUCGUUGCUUCUUCAAAUACCUUCUUGACGACCAAGGACGACAGACAGCGCGAGUACUCGAGCAUCUGUUCUUCUGUUCUUCCGAGCAGAUCCGCCUGGGUAGAAGAUUCGUCAGCGGAUUCCUCAUGCAAACCGAUGCGACGUUCAACACCAAUUGCCUCCACCUGCCUUUAUCUGUCAUAGUGGGAAUCACAAACACAGGCAAGACAUUUCCUCUGGCUUUCGCCUUUAUAACAUCUGAAUCAGCUGAAGCCUUCGAAUUUGUGAAUGCUCAAUUGGCAGAACUGGUCUGCUCCGGAGUGGGAGGCAGCAAAGCUCUAAGAUGGAGGCAAAACACUGAGCUCGAGAAGGAGCGUAAGGUAUUGGGCCUUCUCAACGAACCUGGAUGUCCCUUCGCGUCAGAUUUCCAGGCGCAGGUACAGUCAAGAGCCCUCCUGCCUCCGGAAUUGCCGGAAGCACUGCAUUCGCCUGGCUUGAAGAGGUUCAAAUCGCACGGUAGCACGAAAAGGCGAUCCAUGACCGGCCGUGAGGCCGCAGAGCAUACUGCCGCUCGAGCGGACCGAGCCACUUCGGAUUUGCUGAAGGGAGUUGAUCAGCUUCCUGACCAUUCCUCGACCCCGUCCUCUCCCUUGGCAACUUCGCCACAGCUUCUUCGGGAAACGAGACGUAGUCGAACACGGAGCACGAAGGAUAUAGAGAAGGCGACGACUGCUACUGGGAAGUCUCCAGAUAGAGCGGGAAAGGCCCGAAAGGGUGAGGAACCCGAUAUGCCUAAGCCGCGGUGCAAGAAGCGGAAGGCUUCCAAGGAGGAUGAAACGCAGUUGGAACUGCAGCAGCGGCCUACCCAGGAUUGUAUACUAGACAACCCGAGUUUCCGCACAUCGACUCUGAGCGCCGGUGAAGAGUUGGCCAAAAUGGAUGGACAUGGGCACGAAUUAAAAGAGGAACCAGGCAGGCAGGCCGAUCUGCAGCCUAAAAUCGAGGACUCCGUUGAUGGCUCGGAUGAAACACUUCCCCCAAGAAAGAAACUAGGCAGUCAUACCGGAGACCACAGCAGCCAGGAUUACUGGACAAACCAGCUGAGCGUUGAUAACGCCGCGGCGGGAAGGGAUGGGCAGGGGCACGACGGAUUAACAAAGGGACUAGAUCGUCCACUCGAUCCGUCGACCAAUCCUACUGAUUGGACAGCGGGAUCGAAUACACAUGUGCCUAUGCCAGUCAGACAGCAUUACACUGGCGGCGGCGGCUUACGCUGCCGCGCCGUCACGUUAUCUCGACUCCUCGAGGCCCCUGGACCACGUGCGUCGCGGCAAGCGUCGCUGAGGGAGAAACAGGCUUCAAACGCCCAUCAUGUCAAAAUCGGCCGUUUCCUCGCCGGCGCUCGAGCCUCGCCGCCCGUGCCACAGCUAGAGUGUCUCGUCGAGCCGGCAAAGCAGCAGCCAGCAGCCGCCGUCCCGGAAUGCAACCCGACCAUCCGUCCUCCACAUGAAGACGGCGUUUCGGCCUUCCCACCAUCCCCGGCCUCGCCAUGGCGCCAUAUCGGCAUCCUUGGGCCUAUCGUGCACAUCGCCCAAGGCACUGGGGGAGGUGUGCUCGUCCCUCCCGCCUCGGAUGCGUUACAAUCUCCGCCACGCGUCGACAGCAUCGCCGCGGCCUUGUUUCUGCUUCACUGCCUCCUCGAGCGCGAACGUCCCGACACGAUGCAACAUUCAACGUCGCCGCCAGGAUUCCCGUUUCGGCCCCCGGGCUCCGUGCCGUGUCUUGCCUUGCUGCUCUCGCUGCUGGGCCUAUCGAUCCUCGUCGAUGAGGACCAUUGUUUCUGGAGAUGCGCCGACCAGUUUGGCCCUGCGUUGCAGCAUGAUGCCGCCCCCGGAUCUGCGACGGAAGCAGAAGGCCAGGGAAGCCUGCCGGGGUCCAGGGUAUAA